AUGGAUCACAACCCAGACUGGUCUCUGCCGCGCGAUCGCUGGACAGAGACGAACAUAGAAGGUCGCUACUAUAGGAACUCAUCGCAAUACCAAGACGAUGUACCUGAAUACUCAGAACAACAGUAUCGUUCACCACCAAUGACCCAAUAUCACCCACAAUUUCGUCACAUCAGACCUCAAAUCCACUCUCAGAACUCAGUGCCUUCGUUCAUGGAGUACCAAGGCAGAGCAGCACCAAUCCAACACGCCGAACCCCGAUGUAUCAGUCAACCAGACUUUCAAAAUCUGGAGCGCGAGGAACAAAUGACCCAAGCCGGCCACAAUCAAGCUUUAGCACCAGUCGACAGACGAUGUAGCGAUAAUGACUUCUCAAACGAUUUGGAUUUGACGCUCUUUGUGGCAGCAACAUCUGGGUUUACCCCAGACUCACCUGUACACCGCUCAUUUGGAAACAUGCCGUCAUGGCGUGACCAACGACAAGAACCACGAGCGGAGUAUCCACCGUCGCAACAACGACCACCAUAUACACGAGCGCAUACUUCAUACACCAACAACGCAUCUGCGAGGCACCCUAUACCGUCGAAUUCCACACCUCAUCUGCCAAUCAGGCAGCCGCAGCCUCGGAGUCCUGCAUUCACUCGUCAAGGACCGGACGUAUGGCAAGAACGACUCGAAGCGGAACCAUACGCCUGGCAAGCCCUCGACUAUGGCGACGGGCCACCGCCAGCAGACGAGUUACCCGACUACGAGCAGAGUCAAGCCGAAAUGCAAAACAAGAAUCGAGUCGAAGCUAAGAGGAGGGCAGAAGAGUUGCAAAGAAGGUGGAGGCAACGACACAGUCGUUAA